AUGAGGGAUCUGACAGCCGCUGAUGCUCCUGAUGCUGACAGGAACAAAUCUGUGGGAUGGUGUCACCUGUCUGAUUGUGAGAUCUCUGUUACAGCUGCAGACGCUGAAGAACCAGCUAAAGAACCAUCACCUGAAGAAACAUCACCUGAAGAAAUAUCACCGGAAGAAACAUCACCGGAAGAAACAUCACCUGAAGAAAUAUCACCGGAAGAACCAGCACCUGAAGAACCAGCACCCGAAGAACCAGCACCUGAAGAACCAGCACCUGGAGAAAUAUCACCUGAAAAAACACCUGAAGACCCAGCGGAGGAUGCUGUGGAUGAGGCAGCAGCUACUGCAGAGCCUGAAGACACCAACCCUGAGUCAGACGCUGCGAUAGAAGAGGCUGAAGAAACACCAGCAGCUGAAGAGAAACCUGCUGAAGCAGAAGCAGAAGAAGCAGCGGCUCCUGAAGCAGAUGACGCCGAUGCAACUAAAACAGAAGCCGAUCCACCUGCUGAAGAUCCUGAACAAGAAAUCAAGCCCGAAGAAGCUCCAGAUGAUGCAGAAACAGAGGAAGCACAAGAGGAAGCAGAAGGAGGGGAAGCAGAAGCAGGUGCAGAGACUGAAGCAGACUUUACUGCUGUACCAGAGGAACCUGUGGACCCUGAAGGGGCUGUGGAAGAUAUGUCUGCAGAAUUCGAUCUUUCUGAUGCGUUCGAAGAGAAAGCACAACCACAGGAUCCAGUAAAGACAAAAAUGGGAGAUGCAGACCAGCACAGCGCAGGUCAAGGCAGAGCUCGCAGUGCUGGAGCAGUUUCUGAGCCGAACGACAGUGGAUCUGGUACGGUUGUUGGUGUUGUUUGUGGGAUUGCAGUAGCAGCUGUUGGUGCCAUAAUCGGAUACUUCACCUACCAGAAGAAGAAACUGUGCUUCAAGGUCCAGAGAGGUGAUCCAGAGAGUGCCAAAGAAGAGAACGGCACACAGAACCCUGAGGUUUUAAGCACCCUCCUGAAGUCAUCUGAACACGCCCCUGCAGCCGGCAGUGAACUUGCGUGAAGCUACUGUGAACUGCUUUACAUGGGAGCAGGACGUUGUAACUACCCACAUCUUGAGAACCGGAUGAACUUCACAAACACAUUCACAGUACAGAAAGUCAGCACAAAUAUCAUUUCUACACUCACUCUGAGUUCCUGACGCACAUUAAGUCCUUUUUCAUAAUAUCUCAUCUUCCUACUGCUUCGACUACAGUUCUAAACUAGCACAUAGGACUGUUAAUAAUACAUGUUUUGAAUGUAAUUUCACAUCGUUUGAGUGGAACGGGAUGUGUGCGUGUAUGCAUGUGUAAUUCGACAGCCUUUUGGUAGAGGCAUUUCAUUUCGUUACUUUAAAAAAUGUCGUUUGGUUUCAUUACUGUGUCAUUGAUCGCAGUUUUGUUUGAUGUCAAAUUGUUGCCUCUGAUUCAUAAAAGAGCAAAUCUCACAAUGUGGAAUGAUUCAAAUUGUAUUGUCUGACCAAACAGAAUUCAUAGGAAUUUUUCUUUCUAUUUUUUGUUUUGUUUUAAAAUUCUGUAAAUAAUUGUUGCGUUUGAAUAAAGAGUGGUUACAUUUAAAA